GAAAGCGUAACAGAACAAACUAACUUCUUCUCGAGAGAGGAAAAAAAAAAAAGAAAAACCAAGAAGAAGUCGAGGAGAAGAGAGGAAGAGUAAAGCAGCGCGAGGAAGGAAGGCGAGUCUGCUUUGCGGGAUUCGCCCGUAGUAGAGUUUGAUUCCGCCGGGUUGGUUUGGUGGUUUGAUCGGGGGAGGAGGAGGAGGAGGAUGGUGGUGCGGGAGCCGGUGGCGAUGGAGAUACCGGCGGUGGAGUCGUCGGCGGCGGGGAGGAUGCCGCCGAGGAUCAGGCGGCGGUUGCUGGAGGGGAGCCGCGUCGGAGGCGGGGCGCCGACGAGCGCGGAGGAGAUCGAGGCGAAGCUGAAGGAGGCGGAGCUCCGGAGGCAGCAAUUCCAUGAAUGGGUGUCCUGCAAAGCGAGGAAGAAGCCGCGGAGCCCAUCAUGGUCAUCACAAGAGGAAGAUCAAGGUCAGCGCCUCGAAGCGAAGCUUCAGGCCGCCGAGCAGAAAAGGUUGAGCCUCUUGGCAAAGGCACAGAACAGGCUAGCCAAGUUGGAUGAACUCCGACAAGCGGCGAAGAACAUCGUGGAAAUGCGGAUCGAGAAAGAAAGGGAAGAACUCGGGACUCGAGUCGAGUCUCGUGUUCGUCAAGCAGAGGCAAAUCGCAUGCGUCUUUUGCAUGCACAUAUGCAGAAGCGGGCGGCAAUGAAGGAGAGAACGGCGCGGUCCCUUGUGCGGAAACAGACAUCUGAGAGGAAAUACACGGAGCGAGUCAAGUCUUUGAUCUUACAAAAGCGCAAUGCUGCUGAAAAGAAGCGACUGGCAUUGCUGGAAGCUGAGAAGAGGAAAGCCCAGGCUAGGAUUUUGCACAUCCAACGAGCUGCCAAGACUGUAUGCAGCAAGAGAGAAUCAGAGAGGAGACAGUUGCAAGAACAGCUAGAAAGCAAGCUUCAGAAGGCAAAAAGGCAGAGAGCUGAGUACUUGAAGCAGCGGGUAAGUCCCCGUAGUUCUGCCCAUGCUGAUUACAUCAAGCAUGCAGAAUUUCUUUCAACAAAGCUGGCAAGAUGCUGGAAAAGAUUUUUGAAAUCUAACAAGACAACAUAUGCACUGGUUCAAGCUUAUGACGCCUUGGGAAUUAAUGAGAUGUCUGUCAAAUCUAUGCCAUUUGAAAAUUUAGCUAUGUUGAUGGAAUCUCCAACGACUCUCCAGACCACCAAGGCAGUGCUUGACCGGUUCGAGAAACGUUUGCUUCUUUCUCAGCCAACUGGUUCAUCAUCAGCCGAGAACAUUGAUCACCUUCUGAAACGCCUUGGAUCUCCAAAGAGGAAGGCACCUGCUAGCAGAUCUAGGGUAGCUGCGAAAAAGCCAGCGAAGGGUUCCGAGACAAGCAAGCUUUCUAGAUACUCACUGCGGGUAGUCCUCUGCUCUUAUAUGAUACUGGCUCAUCCAGGUGCUGUAUUAAGUGGACAAGGGGAGAAGGAGAAUCUACUUAUGGAGUCAGCAGAAAACUUUGUUAAGGAGUUUGAGCUAUUGGUUAAGACAGUACUUGAUAGACCAGGAGGUGCCUCGAUGCAAUCGACUGAUGCUGCCAGUCAGAAAAAGUUCAGGACUCAGUUGGCUGCUUUUGAUAAAGCAUGGUGCGCUUACCUUUACCACUUUGUUGUGUGGAAACUGAAGGAUGCCAAAUCAUUGGAACAAGAUCUUGUCAGGGCUGCAUGCAAGCUUGAGCUGUCAAUGAUGCAAACAUGCAAGUUAAGUUCAGAUGGGCAGUCACAUGACCUUUCUCAUGAUAUGAAGGCAAUUCAGAAACAGGUUACUGAUGACCAGAAGCUGUUAAGAGAGAAGAUUCAGCACCUGAGUGGCGAUGCAGGCAUCGAGCGGAUGAACUCUGCUCUUUCGGAUACAAGGUCAAAGUUCUUUGAGGCGAAGGAAAACGGAAAUCCAUUAGCAACAUCUGUUGCAAAUGUAUCUACUCCUUUGAGCAUUAAUUCAUCUGGACAGGUUCCAAACCCUACUUCCAAGCCUACUGUGGAAGGAUCAAGUUUCACUGCCCAAUCUUUGCCUGGAGCUGCUUCAUCGUCAAGCAGUACAUCUCCAAUGAAACCGCCGACGGACAAUGAGCAAAUGGUCAAUGAGAUGCUUCAUGAGGACGAUGUUUCUUUUGCUCGCAACUCUGAUAACGUCAGUUCCGCGGAGAAGGACUUUCAGGCCAAAGUGAAAGCAACGAUGGAGAAAGCCUUUUGGGAUCUUGUUACUGAUUCGAUGAGAGGGGACAAACCAGAUUAUAGCCAAUUAAUUAACCUCGUAAAGGAAGUCAGGAAUUCGUUACAUGAGUUGGCCUCAAAUGAGUUGAAGGAGGAAAUUCUUGAGAACAUUGACCUCGAAAUUUUGUCUCAGGUGCUUCAGUCAGGCUCCCAGGACACGCGAUAUCUGGGGCAGAUUUUGCAGUACUCCCUGGAUAUGGUCAGGAAACUAUCUGCCCCUGCAAAGGAAGAUGACAUGAAGAGGAGUCAUGAGAAAUUGUUAAACGAGUUGGCUGCAAGUUCCGAAGUUAAUGACAAUGGUAUCAGCUCCUUUGUCAUUGCUGUCAUCAAGGGCCUGCGUUUCACUCUCGAAGAAAUAAAGCAACUGCAAACUGAAGUUAGCAAGGCUCGCAUCCAGCUCAUGCAACCAAUUAUUAAAGGCUCUGCCGGAGUGGAAUACCUGCAGAAGGCUUUCACGGAUCGCUAUGGACCUCCUGCUAAUGCAUCAGUGUCUCUCCCUAUAACUAAGCAGUGGGUUUCGGCAACGAAGAGCAUCGUGGAACAAGAGUGGAGCUCACAUUUGGAGUCUCUCCAAGCUUUGCCAGCAGAUCAUGCUCAGCACGUUGUUCCGGUACUUCGAGCUGGUCACGGUGCUCCAGCGCCGCAGGCUUCUUCGUCUGCAGCUAGCAGUUCUGGUCUCCCAGAAUGCAAGGGUGAGAAGAUCGACAAGCUGACAAGGGUUGGCUUGUUGCAACUUAUCAGCAAUGUGGAGGGCCUGAACAUGCAGUCAACCCCUGAGACCUUCCAAAUUAAUCUGCUGAGGUUGAGGGCUGUGCAAGAUCAGUUUCAGAAGGUGAUAGUGAUCGCGACGAGCAUGCUUGUCCUGCAUCAAGUUCUGAUGUUGAAGAUCGCUCCUCCGGAGCUACAGAAUACCAUCUCAGAGCUCUACGACGCUCUCGUGAAGCUCCUCGACAACAACGCUGACGCAUCAACGAAGGAGAUCGUGGAGGCGAUGACGCGCUCUCUGGCCUCGGUCGGCUCUCUGCCGGAGGAACAGAUUCAGGACACGACAGAGCUAGCAACCAAGAUGCUUCUCAAGAGCCUCCAGGCCGGCGACAUCGUCUUCGGUAAGGUGUCCCGGGCGGUCUACUUUGCCUUCCGCGGCGUCGUCCUCGGUGGCGGCGCCAAGGGCAAGAAGCUAGCCGAAGCGCCGCUGCGACGCCUCGGCGCGGCGAAGCUCGCCGACAGGGUUGUCAAGGCCGGGGAGGUGCUGAUAAAGAUGGCAGUCAUAUCAGAGAAGGUCCAUGGACAAUGGUACAAGGCGCUUGCCUUGUGAAGAGCAGAAUAGGGUUUGUGUUGUUUUGUGAAUAUACAUUACGGAUUACGGACUGUAAAUUCUUGUCCUACCGGGGUGAGGUAGGAAAUAUUGGGCAUUGUACAUAAAUUUAUAUAGGUGUUAAUUGGUAGGCUGAUUUCAGUGUCAAAAAUUAAUUCUGGGUGCAGGGCUAAUAUGGAUGACCCUCACCCCAGAAUUUAGCCAGUGGUUAGAUGUGCUGAAUUGCACCUGGGUGUAAGUUAAAUCUGAUGUAAUCUAUUUGCUCUUGGAACUGAAAUAAUGUGAAUAUUUUAAUUUAAAUAUUGUGAUGUAAAUAUUUC